GUCGGCCGAUAGAGAUUAGUAAAACGAAAUUUGCGGUUUCAAAAAAAAGUUACAAUCGGAUAUAUUAUUGCUAAACUUUCUUUUUUUUUAUCCAAAAAGUAGGGUGGCUUAGUCGGUUUGAUAAAUCCAUGCAAAUUAUGGAUUUUACCAAAUUCAUGAAUAAAUUUAACGAAAUUGAGCGUCAAUUAUCUCCUACUUCGGCACUGCGUUUAAGUUUUGAUAAUAUAUCGCCAGAAACUGACGAACCGGAUGUAAAUAAGCGUUUAUGGGGAGUCCCAGUCCCACCUUUUGUCUCCGACAAAGUUGUUUCGUGGAUAGAAGAAGAAUUUCAAGAAACUCCAAUAUAUUAUAAUGGAGACAAUGUGAUCAAAAAGGUAGAGAAUGUUCGGAUGAUUGAUCGCUACAAUUCCAAAAACCCAAUUGUCGGAACUCUUUAUUUAACAGCAACUCACUUAAUAUUUGUUGAGCCGGAUACAAACAAAGAGACAUGGGUUCUUCACAUGCAUAUUGCUUCAGUGGAAAAGCUUCCGCUUAGUACAACGGGUUCGCCAUUGUUGAUACGAUGUAAAACUUUUCUAUCCGUUACAUUUGUCAUUCCAAAAGAUUCCGAAUGCCAUGAUGUCUAUACUUCCCUAAUGAAGCUUUUUCAACCAGUUUCCAUAAACAAAUUGUAUUGUUUCAACUAUACACCGACAAAAGAUGAGUUCCCAAAGGCAGCUGGAUGGGAUUUUUUUAAACUUGAAAGUGAAUACAAGCGAAUGCGCAUUCCUAACGACAAAUGGACUCUUAGCUCACUGAAUCAAAAUUACGAGUUAUGUGACACAUACCCAAGGCAAGUCUAUGUUCCAGUCGAAGCUACAACAGCAAUGCUGAUGGGAAGUUCACGUUUUCGGUCCAAAGGACGAUUACCAGCCUUAACAUAUUUACAUUCAAAUAAGGCGUCUAUCUGUCGAUGCAGUCAACCACUUUCGGGCUUCAGUGCCCGAUGUCUGGAGGACGAACAAAUGCUCGAAGCUAUACGUAAAACAAAUCAAACUACCGAUUAUAUGUAUGUUGUGGACACCCGACCCAGGAUAAAUGCCAUGGCAAAUAGGGCAGCAGGCAAGGGAUACGAAAACGAGGCAUUUUAUGAGAACAUAAAAUUUCACUUUCUUGGAAUAGAAAAUAUUCAUGUGCAGAGAACGAGCUUACAAAAACUGAUUGAAACGUGUGAACAGAAAUCACCUACCAUGAGUGGCUUUCUGAAUUCAUUGGAGUCAUCCGGUUGGCUGAAGCAUAUACGCUCAAUAUUAGAUACAUCUAGUUUCAUUGCAAAUGCUGUAGACAAAAAUGUUUCUGUUGUUGUUCAUUGUUCGGAUGGUUGGGAUAGAACAGCUCAAGUUUGUUCUCUUGCUUCCCUUAUGUUGGAUCCUUACUACAGAACAAUUAAGGGCUUUCAGGCCCUGAUUGAAAAAGAUUGGUUAGCUUUCGGACACAAAUUCAGUGAACGUUGUGGCCACGUUCAAACAGAUCCCAAAGAAGUCUCACCAAUUUUCACACAAUUUCUAGAUUGCACUUGGCAAUUGAUGAACCAAAGAAAUGAUGCUUUUGAGUUCAACGAACGUUUCCUUCUUAUCUUACAUGACCACGUGCAUUCUUGUCAAUUCGGAACUUUUAUUGGUAACUGUGAAAAAGACCGCUUGGAUCUAAAACUUUCUGAUAGAACGUAUUCUCUUUGGGGAUUUAUGGCAAACCAUUUGAAUGAAUAUAUAAAUCCUUUGUACAAGCCUGAUGUUGAUGAAACCAUAAAAGCUAACUUAGCGCCUCAGUGCAUCAAAUUCUGGCGAGGAAUAUACAGUCGCUUUGAAAGUGGAGUGCAUCCCCGAGAGCCAUUAAAUGAUAUGUUGCUAGUCAGUAAAGAUCAUUGUACAUCGUUAGAAGAUCAUGUUCAGCAUUUAACCAAGAGAAUUGCAAGCUUCAAAAACUAUAUUUCAAAAUCCGCCAAGAAGCUGCAAGACGCAACUACAAAGUCAAAGGAUGCAUCCAACGCAGAAAUGAAUGAUAAUAAAUUUAACUACGAUAAAAAGAUGAGCGAACUUUCGGCUGCUGAUGACGACCACCCCCUUAAACCUGCAGAAAUGUCAUUUUCAAACCUUUCUCUCAACGAAGAUGUUGACCCAAAUAAGCUAUCCGAAGAAAUAAAUUCCGUUGCUGUUGAUUGGAAGUCUCAAAGAAAUGUAGCAGCGUGCUCCUGUUCGACACCAUUUGAUCAAUUCAGCAAGAAGAGCCAUUGCUGGAAGUGUGGUGAUAUUUUCUGCGCUCGCUGCAUCGAUAAGUGCAUAGCAUUACCUGGGCAAGAAAGCGGAAACCCUGUACCAGUUUGUAGAAAUUGUUUUCGUCUAUUACAAAAAACUAGCCCAUAAUUUACUUCUGGAAGAGAUCCAGGACAUUUCAGUAAAAGUUCAUUAAUUUAAUAUAUUACGCUAGAAAUAAUAGUUCUUUGCUUGAGGUUCUUAAUAUGUGUAUUAAUAUAGAAAAGUGUUAUUUUUAAAAUGAUAAAGCAUUUCAAUUUAUUUGUCAAACAAACAUAAUAAUGAUAACCAACAAACUGUUAUUUAUUUGAUUGCCUGUUUUUGAAACAAUAUAAUAAUAACUAAAAUUUAUAUUUAUAUAAUUUUCAGACUGAGAUAUGUUUUUUGUUAAAUAUUUUGUAAUAUUGAAUUUAUGUAUUUAUUAAGCAAUAGUUGUUGCACAAGUUGGAGGACUAUGAUGUAAAAUCUUAGAAAGAAAAAAGUUAAAAAAUAAUUAUAAAUAAAACAGUGUAUAUGGAAUCUCAA